AUGUCUUCGACAACCGCGAUACCUCAGUUGCCGGGGUUCAACGCUCCGCUGAACACCAAACCCGAAAACCGGAGAGGUCACGGAAGUGUUCACGGUCAAGGCUUUCCAAACGCGCUCGAAAUUGAGGAUGGCUAUGUGAAUUAUCUGGACGUCAAAAGAGAGAUUGUCAUGAUGCAGAUUAUGAGCAGCAUCACGGAAAAGCCUGAUUGGGACAAGAAGGUCUUCGAUGAGGAAAUCACCUCCAAAUGGCGUAAAGAGAUUGCUGAGAGUGGAGAAGACGUGUCCCCCAAAAUGAUGGAUUGGAUCAUCAAAGAACUUCAGUGGAAGUCUGAAUCCUUCAAGAAGGACGGCCGAGUUAAGGUGUUUGACGUUGGAGUCGUCAAGUCCGAUACUGCCAUCUCACAAGAGCUGCAGAAAGCUUUGAAGGAAGCAGCUGUGCCGUUCGAAGACGUCCCCGAAGACCAGAAGGAUUAUCACCCGAAUUCAGAUCAGCAGGUCGUUGAUUUGGUUCACCCGUCUCUGUUUCCUGUUAUCUUUGGCCGAUCUCGCAUCCUGCCCGAUAGAACAAUCAACUUGGAAACUUGCCUUGGCAGUGUCGGACAAGGUGACCUGCUACCAGUGCCAUCGAAAGAUCAUAUCGCGCACACUCCACGGUAUGGCUAUGGCUGGCGCGCCACCCCGAGGGAAUACAGCCAGAAAUUUCAAUGGCUUCCCUGCGACGUGGAAUUCACCGAGGACGCAGGAUGUCGAAUCGUUUCUUACAUCAACAAUGCCCAUCCAGUCAAGCACCGAGGACUAUAUGAAGUUGUGGAGAAGAUUAUCACUCAGGCAGUGCCACUUUGGAACGAGACAUUGGCCUACAGACCAUAUAACGAGAGACGGAUUCAGUACAACUCUAUCGACUAUGAAGAGGAUGUUAUACCUGAACCAGAUGGUCAAGAGUCCGAUGAGGACGAUGACGCAUAUGAAGAACGUUGGCAGACAUACCGAAACUCUCGGCGUUUCAUCCAGCCCGAACCAGCGGAGUUCACGCCGCCGAACCUUGAAAGGUGGGGUCUCAUCAACCUACAGGAAGCCUUUGCCGAGGAAGGACUUCAGGUGAUUGUGAAAUUAGCCAAUAUCGAACUCACGCCGGAGAAACCCAACUACGCAGGAGGUAGCUGGCACAUUGAGGGACAGCUGAAUGAACGAAUCUGUGCGACGGCCAUCUACUACUAUGACAGCGAGAACAUCACCGAGAGCACACUAGCCUUCCGCCAGCGCAGCGAAGACAACUUUGAAGAUGUAGGCUACGAACAAGAUUGCCACGAAUUCCUCCAAGCCGUAUACGGAUUCGGCCCCGAGGUUGACAGCCGCAAUGAUACCAAUGUCACGCAACAUCUUGGAAGUGUCGUCUGCAAAGAGGGACGCUUACUUACAUUCCCCAAUGUUGUCCAGCACUGCGUUUCUCCAUUCUCCCUGGAAGACAAAACCAAACCCGGCCACCGGAAGAUUCUGGCGCUGUUCCUAAUUGAUCCGCACAGACGGAUUAUCUCCACUGCGAACGUGCCUCCUCAACAGGAGGACUGGGGAAUGGAAAGACAGAAUCUUGUGACUGAUUUAUUGGCGAACAAUCUCCCGCCGGAAUUGCAGGUUAUGGUUGAGAAGGAUAUGCCGGCGUCGUUCUUGACGAUGGACGAGGCAAAGGCUUAUAGACUUGAAUUGAUGGAGGAGAGGAGUGUGGCAUCGGAGGUCAGCAAUGCGGCCUUUGAGACUGGAAAUUUCUCUCUGUGUGAGCAUUAG